AUGUCCAAAGAGGAGCGUUCCCAUGAACUUCCCCUGUGUGUGGAGCUGACAUCUGCACAGCUGAGACCUGGAGGAAGUUUCCAGCAGGUUUCCCUGUUGUCUUCCUAUGAAGUUGUGAUCCCACAGAGGUUGGGAAGAGACCGGCGAGAGGCUUCCAAUGUCUCCUCAGUGCAGGACAAGGUGUCAUAUGCUAUUGAGAUAGAGGGAAAGGAACACACAAUUCAUCUAGAAAAGAACAAAGAACUGCUGCCCAAAGAUUUCAUUGUUUAUACCUAUAAUAAGGAGGGGAAGUUGCAAUCUGAAUAUCCAGAUGUCCAGGAUCACUGCCAUUAUCAGGGAUAUGUGGAGGGGAGCCUGGAUUCUGUGGUUGCUGUCAGCACGUGCUCGGGGCUCAGGGGUUUGGUGACAAUAGGGAACAUCACCUAUGGGAUCGAGCCCAUGGAUCCCUCCUCUAUCUCCAGACACAUUCUAUAUCGUUUGGAUAAUGUGAAGAAGGAGCCCACCAUGUGUGGGGUAACCACUGGAGACCACGAAAAGGAACAGGCAGAGGAAAAUCCCCAUCCCAGCAUGACCCAGCUGCUGCGAAGAAAGAGAGCAGUCCUACAUCAAACAAGAUACGUGGAGCUGUUCAUAGUUGUGGAUAAGGAAAAGUUUGAAGAUUUUGGNAAGAGUGAAACAGAAGUAAGAGAGCACAUGGUGCAGCUGGCAAACUUCCUCGACAGUAUGUACAUCAUGUUGAACAUUCGCAUUGUGCUGGUUGGUCUAGAGAUCUGGAAGUAUGAAAACAUAAUCAGCACAGAUGGAGGUGCUGGGGAUGUGCUGGCAAAUUUUGUACAGUGGCGGGAGAAGAACCUUGUGUUGCGCCGGAGACACGACAGUGCCCAGUUUGUUCUAAAGAAAGGCUUUGGUGGCACAGCUGGCAUGGCCUAUGUGGGAACAGUGUGUUCCAAGAGCCACGCGGGAGGCAUCAACGUGUUUGGAAGAAUCAGCAUUCAGAUGUUUGCCUCAAUUAUGGCUCAUGAGCUGGGACACAACCUGGGGAUGAACCAUGAUGAUGAACGUGUCUGUCACUGUGGAGCAGCCAGCUGCAUCAUGAGCUCUGGAGCAUCGGGAUCAAGGAACUUCAGCAGUUGCAGUGCAGAGGACUUUGAGAAGCUAACUCUUAACAAAGGUGGGAGCUGCCUGCUCAACGUUCCCAAGCCUGACGAAACCUACAGUGUCCCCUACUGCGGGAACAAGCUGGUGGAUGCUGGGGAGGAGUGUGACUGUGGCUCACCAAAGGAAUGUGAAAGUGAUCCUUGCUGUGAGCCGGGUACUUGCAGGCUCCGGUCCAGUGCCGAGUGUGCUUAUGGUGACUGCUGUAAAAACUGCCAGCUCCUUCCUAAAGGAACCGAGUGUCGGGCAAGCACCAACGAGUGUGACCUCCCCGAGUACUGCAACGGCACCUCCCAGUUCUGCCAGCCAGACUUCACCGUGCAGAACGGCCACCCCUGCCACCACCAGGAGGCCUACUGCUACAACGGGGUCUGCCAGCACUACGACGCCCAGUGCCAGGAUAUCUUUGGCUCAAAAGCCAAAGCAGCCCCCAACAUUUGUUUUACUGAAGUGAAUUCCAAGGGUGACAGAUUUGGCAACUGUGGUUUCCAUGGCCAUGACUACAAGAAAUGUUCCAGCUGGAAUGCCAUGUGUGGGAAGCUGCAAUGUGAAAAUGUGAAAACUAUGCCUGUGUUUGGAAUCAAGCCUGCUAUUAUCCAGACUCCCAUUGGAAACACCACGUGCUGGGGUGUGGAUUUCCAGCUAGGCUCUGACGUCCCAGACCCUGGAAUGGUGAAUGAAGGCACCAAAUGUGGUAAUGGAAAGAUCUGCCGGCACUUCCAAUGCGUGAGCGCCUCUGUCCUCAACUAUGACUGCGAUGUGGAGCAGCAGUGCCACGGGCACGGGGUGUGCAACAACAACAGGAACUGUCACUGUGAGGAUGGCUGGGCCCCCCCGCACUGUGACACCAGGGGCUAUGGUGGCAGCGUGGACAGUGGCCCUCCCUACAAAGACAACUCACUGAGGAAUGGGCUGCUGGUGUUUUUCUUCCUGAUCCUCUCACUCCUCAUAGCUGCUGGUCUGGCAUUUGCAAAAAGAGACAGGCUGAGGAGAUGCUUUAGGAGAUUAGUGUCACGUUGCCAUUCGUCUCUUCGGUCGCCACCUCCUCGAUCAGAACCUGAGCAGAGGGACUAUCAGCACAGAGGCUUUUCCCAUGGCAUGCCUUAUCCUCCAAGAGCUGUUCCCAUGGACAUGGAGCCCCAUACCUACCCCGUUCCAUCUUACCCAGUUAAUCAGCAUCCCCAGCAGACUUACCACCAGCCCUACUACCCAUCACCACAGUACCAGGCACAGCAGCCACAGAAGCUGCCGACAAGGCCACCACCUCCGCUGCAGAAGUGUGUGCCUCAGAGACCUCCUUCAGCACAGCAAAAAAGUUUACCUCAGGGACAGUAUUUUCCUUCUCGACCGGCACCUUUGCCUCCCAAAUAG